AUGGCCUCAGCAGGCUCCUGGCACCACCUGGACAGGGAAAUGAAUCAUCUCAUCUUCCUAUUUAUCAGUCUGAUCACCCUGUCACAUCAUACUGUUGGCUCGAAUACUGUUCCAGGGUUGUUCCUUGUCGGAUGUGACAGUGACAGAUUUAUACUCCAGGCUGGAGAUGAUCUUAUCAUUCCCUGUUACUUUUACUCACAAAACGAGCCCCAACUCAUCACCGUCCAAUGGGAGAAACUGGGAGCUGGCAGAUUGGUUCAACGUUACCAGAUCAACAAGACCUUCUUUGACCAACUGGAUCCAGACUAUCGAAACCGAGCGCAGAUGUUUGAGAAAGAGAUUGCAGAAGGCAAUGUCUCCCUGAGGUUAGAUAAUGUGCGUCUGUCUGAUGCAGGGACAUACCGACUCAAUGUCAAUGCUACCUCAGGAGCUGGUCACAAGGAUAUCACUAUCCAGGUGGGAGCCAUUGGCCGUUCUCCCAGAUUUUACUCAUUUGUCACAAAGAAGAACGACUCAGUGUUGGUUUGUGAGUCCACAGGCUGGUAUCCUGUACCGAAUGUGACCUGGCAAAACCCCGCGUGGCGGAACAUCACCAAAUCUUCCCAGACCCAUGAGACAGACAGCAGAAAUGGCACAGUCCGGGUACGUAGUGCCAUGACCUUCCCCACUGGCUCCAAAGGCAGUUACACCUGCACAAUCUGGAACCCACUACUGUACCAGGGCAUCUCUUCCACUUAUACACUGCCUGCUAUAGGCUAUGGUCCGUACAUCCAAUCGUGGGUAACAGGAGGUGGGCGCUCGGUGCUGACCUGCCAGUCCUCGGGCUGGUACCCCACUCCGGAGGUCAGCUGGCACAAUGACCUGGGUGACACCAUGACACGGUUCCUGCUCACUGAGCUGACCAACAGCACUGAUGGGAGUGUGUCUGUGAAGAGCUCACUCAAACUGAAGGCUGGGCUGAGUGGGAACUACACCUGCACCAUCUGGAACCCAGUGUUGGAACAAGGAUUGUUUCACCGUUUCACUGUCCUGACGUCCCGGUAUAAAGAGAUCCGGUCACACUGGUACGCAGCCGGUGCCAUUGUUUCCACUGCCGUCCUGGUCGUGGCAGCGGUGAUCAAAGCAAAGACCUUCAUCAGGCAGAUAAAGAAGGACAGGAAAGCUCACACUGCCUAUUCACCAGCUGAGUGAGGAGGCGGAGAAAUGAAGGAAAUUCGAGAACAUUCCAGAACAUGGUGUGACCAGUCAGAGAGAUUCAGGCAGUCUCACCCUGGACCUCCCGAACAAGAAACCAGCAGCAAUGGCUGAUUGUAAUAGAGAGAAUAUUACACUUUAACAGAAUAAAUAUCUAUUGUUUAUCGUGAA